GCCGGUUCGCUGACUUGUCAUCGUUAUGUGUAUCCAGUAAAUCGUCGUUAAAAUAUUUGCAUCGUUAGUAAAGACCACCCUUUGUAUAGACUUUUAAAAAUACGGAUUGCUAUAAUUUUUGUAAAUCUAAUCUAACCCGUGUAAUUUAUCCAGUGAGGACGAAAAGGAAAAUAAAUAAAUCGUUCUUAUUUUCUAUGGGAUAAUUUAAUAUCGAGGAAAUCCCAAAUCCGUAAACUUUACAACACACCGACUAUUAUUGUAAUUUACAAACGCUGAUUCAUUGUCAUCGUAAUUCAUACUUCCUGUGGUCAACCACAUAGGAAUUGGUCCCCGGAAAUACAGCUUUCAAAAAAAUGAAUUCAGACAUGGCUAACAACGAGAAUGUCAACCUUUGGUCAGUAGGAAAAUGUAUAUUUUGUAAAGAAAAAAUAGAGGAAGAUUUAAAAAUCCUAAAAUGUCUUCAUAUUAUUUGUAAAGACUGCACUAAGAGAGAAAGUACUGAUUCAGGUAUACAUUGUAAAUGUAAAAUAGUGACUAAAGGUGAACUCAUCGAUUACUCGAUUACGGCACCAAAUCAUUCACAAUUAAAGAUAUGUUGGGAAAAAAAUUGUCAAGUCAUAGCAAAGAAAAUCUGCAUGCAUUGCAAAAGCAUGUAUUGCAAACCAUGUUCAAAAAUCCAUUCAAUUAAGAAUGAAGAUCAUAACCCUGCCUUGAUGAUGACUUAUCCAUUAAAAAAAGAAUUUGUUCCUUGUCCAAAAUGUAUGAACAAAUCUGUAGAAGUAUUUUGUACAAAAUGUUCGAUUAUGCUUUGUCCUCUUUGUCAUUUAAACUUUCAUCAGAAACAUAAUUUUAAUCUUCUUUCCACAAUGGCCGUUGAAACCAAGGUAGAAUUGCAAGCGUUACUAACUGAUAUAAGCAAAGAAAACAAUCAUUUAAAGUUUAUAAGGGAAAUGCAAAAUAAAAAUAUCACGAAAUUGAAAUCCGAUAAGAAGAAAAUUAAUGACAAAAUUGAUGAAAGAAUCAAAAUGUUACACGAAGAAGUUGAUAAACGCGGACUUGAAUUAAAAAAAAUACUUGAAACAAAUUUCACAAAUGCUGUUAAUAAUAUUAAUAUGAAUAAUAUGGUUAUCAAUGAUUUUGAAAAAGAAAAUGAUUAUUAUUAUAGUUUAACAAGCUCUGUUAUCGAUUGGGAUAAAAUCGUAGAAUACAUUAAACUUUCAAAAAUUAUCAAGGAUCAAAUGGUAAUUGCUAAGAAACAUACCCAAGACAUGCCUAAAGAAGCAACAUCUUGUAAAGCUGAAUUGAUAUACAAUGAUGAACAAUCUGUGAACAAAAUUGUAGAAUCAAUUCAAGGAAUGGGAGAUAUUAUUUCAUCAAAAAUUGUUAGUUUAUCAGAAUUUAAAAUCACGCUUGACUCAAAUAAAGUUCUCCAACCUCUUGAAAAUGAUCAAUUUCCGAUUUUAAAAUCCGAACUGGUGAUGAUACAACCUGGUAUGGUUAAGCUAGAAAAAGAUAAUAAUGAAAUGAUUAUAGACGAAGAUUCUGACAGUUCAGACUAUGAACCACUUGUAAAUUGUUCUUGUUGUAAUCAAUGGACUGAAGAAUUAAUAAACUGCACAUGCUGUAAUAAGUUUUAUCAUAAUAAUUGUCAUAUUCCUUCAUUAGCUAAGGAGCUUAAACCUAAAGAUCCAUCAUUAAAAUUUUGGAAGUGUACACUUUGCCAAGACAUUAUAAACCAUGCCAAUAACUUACGUAAAAAGAAUAUGAUAGGAGGUCAUAUUGAUUAUUCUGGACGAAAAAUUAUUGAACGUAUAUUACUGGAGUUGUAUUGUCAAAAUGAGGACAGUGAACAUUAUCGAGAUUGUUUGAAUAGAGAAAUAUAUCCAGUAUAUUAUGAACAAAUUUCUGAUCCUAUAUCAUUGAAUAAUAUCAAGCAACGUUUAGAAUUUGAUGCAUCGUAUACAUCACUUGUUGAUAUGCUUAAAGAUAUGAAAAGAGUGUUAACAAAUGGAAAAACAUAUUAUUCUUCACCUAGCCAUCCAUUCUAUAAGUCUGCAGAUGAACUUCAGAUUUCUUUGGAUAGAAUGAUAUCUUUAUGGAUACCAACACUCGACCCUGCAAUUCUAGAAUAAUAAUAAUCUAAGACAAAUAGUAUCAAACCUGACGCCGACUCUACAAAUUAUUAACCCACUUGUUUUGUUUUAAUAUUUAAUAAUGUACUUUUUGUUUAUAUAAAAAUCGAAUGAAAAGUUUAGGUUAUUUGAUGUUUAUUAUAAAUGUUUAAUUAUUCUUUUUUAAAUUAUUAUUAGUUGUAUUUUAAUUUUAUCUAUUCAUUUUUUAAAACUAUUUAUUGUAUAAUUUACUUUAUUUAUGUUGUAUAUAGCUACUAACAAGCAUUUAAAAUUUAAAUUAUAAUUCAUUAAUGAUUGCAUGUGUAAAUGGAUCUAUUUAUAUAGUAAAAUAAGCUCACAUUUUAUUGUGAAUAAAUGGGCCCAUAGUCUUCUCGGCUUAAAAUUA